ACCAUCUACUUGGGACCUAAGAAGGUGGUGGUCCUGGCAGGAUACAAGACAGUGAAGGAGGCACUUGUAAACUAUGCUGAUGAGUUUGGAGACAGAAGUGAAAUACGAAUUCUGCAUGACUGUUCUCAAGGAAAAGGUGUUAUAUGGUCCAAUGGUGAUUCAUGGAAAGAGAUGAGGCGCUUUGCCUUGACAAACCUGAGAGACUUUGGAAUGGGCAAAAAGGCAUGUGAAGACAAAAUCAUUGAGGAAUGUGAGCACCUCACUGAGGUGUUUAUGAAAUUUAAAGGAGAAGCUUUUGAUACAACCAAACCAAUAAACUAUGCAGUCUCUAAUAUUAUCUGUUCCAUGGUCUAUGGCAGCAGAUUUGAAUAUGAUGACCCAGAGUUUACAUCCCUGGUAGAUCGAACAAACAGAAAUAUCCAGCUCUUGGCGACCCCGUCAAUACAGAUGUACAACCUGUUCCCCUGGUUAUUCAAAUGGGUUGCACAUAGGAAGGAAUUCAACAGUUUUUUUGCUGCCAACAGGAAACAG